AUGACUGCCGGAACUCAUACGCAGUAUAAUUAUAAUAGGCGUAACUCUGCUACUUCGUCACCAUAUACAAUACCAGUUAAGCACCAACACGGACAUAGAAGUCAUCAAUAUGCGACUUCUCCAAUUCAAUCAAACCAAUUUACUUCUUCGAGCCAUGGAAGGGGAUCUAUUUCUUCCUCGGGCCCAACACUAUCCAGAGAAUUUGUUGUAAGAAGAAUAAGUGAAGGAGAGAGUGGACGUUUAAAAGAAGAACUUAAGUGUGAAGCAUGUGGUAAGGGUUACAAGCAUAUUUCGUCAUUAGCGAAGCAUUUGUGGGAACAUACCCCAGAAUGGAAUGUUACGAAAAAGUUAUUAAUUUCUAAGCAUCAACAGGUUCAGUUGUUGGAGGCAGCGAGUAUAUUAGUAGGCAUGAAUGAUGGCGCAACUUCAAGAAGGAACUCAGUUUUUCAUGAAGAAGAAGACCCUAAAUACUCUUCUCCACUUUCCCCAUCAUUCCCAGGAGAGAAUGGUUCUACAUCUAAAGUUCCAACACCUCCAUCGAAUUCCGAACCCGAAAAAUUAAAUGAAAAUUAUCAUACCUUUAAAUAUGCAUAUGGAGGGGCUUAUGAAGUGGCGAACGUGCCAAGUGAACAUUUCUCUAGAUCUCGUUCAGUAUCACAUUAUUCUCACGACUCAAUUAGUGAAAUAGGCUCUCCAAUAAGUGGUGGAUUUCUAGAAGGAGCUCAUCAGAGCCUGAAAGAGACUGGAGUGAAAUCUAUUGAUAUUUCUAACGGAAGCAACAAUGGAGACACUUUGAAGUCUCCACCUUCUUCCUACAAUUAUAAUUCAAAUAUUCCUGCUCAAGAAACUAAGUUUAUACCCACUUCUAAAAGUAUUAAUUGCAUAGAUGAAAACGUCGACGAUGAUGCAGAACAUUUAGAUAAUAAGUCCUUGCCCAGUCAGUCGUCUGAAGAUGAAGAAGUUUUGGGAAAAAUGGAAUAA